GCGCAUGUGUUUUAACUCGUAUAAGGUCACAAUGUAUCAGAUGCAUCCUCCGUGCGUGAGACUCGAGUGAGAAAAAGCGAGACAGACCUGCAAUUGGAUCCUGCACAAGUCAGUCCCACAUGUGGGUGGGCGGUGGAUUCAGAGCUGCACACCCAGUGAAGUUUGGACAACAAAAGGUUGCGGGAAAGUUGCAACCACCUUUACACGCGUGCGAACACGAUUUAUGCGUGCAUCUCAGCCUACACGCGCUAAAAGUGAUAACACAUUAAAACAAGCAUCGUUUCAGACUCUAUUCAGCUCAGUUUCAUUCAAGGCACAAUGAUGUCAUACUUGUGGAUUUUCGUCCUUGGAAGUUUAAUCGUGACUGGAGUGAAGAUGCAAGACGAUGGAGCGGAAGGUUCAGAGAAUGCCGAUUCUCCGGCGGAUGACCUUGCCCCAGAGGAAUCAACCGUUCCUGAUGAAGAAAACACGGGAGACUUAGAUUCCAGCGAGGCCGAUGGAGACGCUGCAGAUGCUGAAAAACCACCUGAAGAACCUGCACCUGAAGAACCUGCACCUGAAGAAACAGCACCUGAAGAAACAGCACCUGAAGAAACAGCACCUGAAGAAACAGCACCUGAGGAAACAGCACCUGAAGAAACAGCACCUGAGGAACCUGUUGAAGAUCCAGCGGAGGAGACCGUGGAUGAGGCAGCAGCUCCUGCAGAGCCUGAAGCUGAAGACACAAACCCUGAGACAGACGCUGCGACAGACGAUCAGCCCGCGGCAGAAGACCCUGAGGAAACACCAGCAGCUAAAGAGGAACCUGCUGCUGCUGCUGAGGAAGAAGAAGAAGAAGAAGCAGAAGCAGAAACUGAUGCUCCCGCUAAAGCAGAUGAAGCCGACACAACUGAAACAGAAGCCGAUCCACCUGCUGAUCCUGAAGUGAUUGAAGAUGUGAUCACACCUGAAGAAGCUCCAGGUGACGCAGAAGAAGAACCAGAAGAGGAAGCAGAAGGAGGUGAAGCAGAUGCAGAUACAAAUGCAGAAACAGAUACUGAUACAGAUGCAGAUGCAGAUGCAGAUACCGAUGCAGACACAGAUGAUGGUGAAACAGACUUGACUGCUGUACUAGAGGAACCUGUGAACCCUGAUGAAUCAGUGAAAGUUCAUCUUGAAGAAUUUGAUCUUUCUGAUGCUUUCGAUAAAGAUACAGAAGAGAAAGCACUACCAGUGGAUCCAGUGGUAGGAGACGCAGGCCGGCACAGCGCAGGUCAAGGCAAAGCCCGCAGCGCUGGAGCCGUUUCUGAGCCGAACGACAGUGGAUCUGGUACGGUUGUUGGUGUUGUUUGUGGGAUUGCAGUCGCAGCUGUUGGUGCCAUAACCGGAUACUUCGCAUAUCUGAAGAAGAAACUGUGCUUCAAGGUCCAGAGAGGUGACCUAGAGAGCGCCAGAGAAGAGAACGGCACACAGGGCGACCCACAGGUUUCAAACUCUCUCCUGAAAUCAUCUGAACUCCAGCAGUGAAGCAGCCAAUUCCCAUGAAGCUACUGUGAAGUGCUUUACAUUGGAACAGCACAUUGCAACUACUCGCAUCUAGAGAACCGGAGUCAGCUUUACAAACACAUUCACAGUACAGAACAUCAGCACAAAUAGCAUUUCUGCACAGAGUUUCUGAUGCAGAUUAAGACUUAACUUUUGCAUAAUUGUAUCUUCCUACUGCUUCGACUACAGUUCUAAACUAGCACCAGGACUGUUAAUAAUGUUUUUGAAUGUAAUUUCACAUUGUUCGAGUGUGAUGGGAUGUGUGUGUGCGUAUGCAUGUGUAAUUUGACAGCCUUUGGGGAGAGGCAUUUCAUUUCAUUACUUUAAAAAGAGUUGUUUAGUUUUGUUACGGUGUCAUUAAUCGCACAGUUUUGUUUGAUUCAUAAAAAAAAAGCAAAUCACACACCGUGGAAUGAUUCACUUUGAAAUUGUGUCUGACCAAAUAGAAUUCAUAGGACGUUUCUUUCAAUUUUGUUUGUUUUUGUUUUAAAAUUCUGUAAAUAAUUGUUUGAAUAAAAGGGUUGGUUACAUUUAAA